UGUAGAGAGGAGCUGGGAGAGGCUGAUGCUGCUGCCUCCCCGAGCUGCGAUGCGGGGAAGAGAGCAGACGGUGGGUGCAGGGAGCUCGCAGACGCCGUCUGAUGUUACAGGAAGCGAAAUAAGACAGAACUAAAGACAAGCAGCAAAGGCCAAGGUACAUCCUGAUCUCCGAGACACUGGUUACCACGAUCCACCACAGGCCCAGCCAUGAAUUUCCUUCGAAGACGUUUGUCUGACAGCAGCUUCGUGGCCAACCUUCCCAAUGGGUACAUGAUGGACCUUCAGCGACCGGAUAAUUCCACCAGCUCCCCAGUGUCGCCGGCCCUGGAAAGAAAACAACCGCAGCCUCCGCCGGCCCCAGCCUCCACAACCACCUCCAGCACCAGCAUCUUCAGCUCCAUCACCAACGCUGUGAAGCAGACCACCCAAGCAGCUGCCGGCCUGGUGGAACCCACAGGUCCUCCGCCACCUCCAGUGGUACUGAAGCCCAAGAUACUUCUGGUGAUCGAUGACUCCCACACCGACUGGGCUAAAUAUUUCAAAGGGAAAAAGGUGGACAAGGAGUACGAGAUUCGGGUGGAGCAGGCAGAGUUUUCCGAGCUGAACUUGGUGUCCUACGUGAGCGGCGGCUGCAUGGUGGACAUGCAGGUGAUCAGAAACGGUACCAAGGUGGUCAGAUCUUUUAAGCCGGACUUUGUGCUGAUCCGGCAGCACGCGUUCAGCAUGACCCUCGGGGAGGACUUCCGGAGUCUGAUAAUGGGGCUGCAGUACGGCGGGGUCCCCGGCACCAACUCCCUCUACUCCAUCUACAACUUCUGCAGCAAGCCCUGGGUGUUUUCGCAGCUCAUAAAGAUCUUUCAGCGGCUGGGUGCCGACAAGUUCCCCUUGGUGGAUCAGUCUUUCUUCCCUAACCACAAGCAGAUGUUAACGACUCCAAGCUUCCCUGUGGUGGUCAAGAUGGGACACGCUCACGCCGGAAUGGGAAAGGUGAAGGUCGACAAUCAGUAUGACUUCCAGGACAUCGCGAGCGUCGUGGCAAUGGCCAAAACCUACGUAACCACCGAGCCUUUCAUCGAUUCCAAAUACGACAUCCGAGUCCAGAAAAUCGGAAACAAUUAUAAAGCGUACAUGAGAACCUCGAUAUCCGGGAACUGGAAGGCAAACACCGGCUCGGCCAUGCUGGAGCAGAUUGCCAUGACUGACCGGUACCGUCUCUGGGUGGACUCCUGCGCCGAGAUGUUCGGGGGUCUGGAUAUUUGCGCGGUGAAGGCUGUUCACAGCAAAGACGGAAAGGAUUAUAUCAUAGAGGUGAUGGACAGCGCCAUGCCUCUGAUUGGUGAGCAUGUGGAAGAGGAUCGGCAGCUGGUGGCAGACCUCGUCGUCUCCAGAAUGACCCAACAUGCCCAGAUGAAGUCCCAGAGCGCGUCACAGAGCGCGUCACCACCCAGACCCAUGCCCCAACAGAUGCAGCCACAGGCAUUGAAGUCACAAAUGCAGCCACAGCCUGGACCCCAAAUGGCUGGAGGUCCCGCUGCCCAGCCACGGCCUCCACCGCAAGGAGGUCCACGUCCCGCCCAGGGCCCACCACCUCCCAGGACAGGGGCCGCGCCACAGCAGAGGCUGUCUCCUCAGGGGCAGCAGCCACAGACGUCACAACCCAGCUCUCCGCAGACUCAGAGAUCUCCGAAUUCUCCUCAGCUUCCUCGGCCUGGAGGUGGAAGUUCUCCCAACCAAGCCUCCAAGCCAACCUCGGCUUCAGUCCAGCAACCGAGACCUCCUGCUCAAGGGCAGGCGCAGACUCAAGCGGGGCUGGCCGCAUCUGCUAAACCACAGCCGUCGCCACAUCCUCACCUCAAUAAAUCCCAGUCUCUUACCAACAAUUUCAAUAUUUCGGACCCAGCCUCGCGCUCCGCCGGGAAUGAAGACGAGGCAAAAGCGGAGACCAUUCGCAACUUGAGAAAAUCCUUUGUGAGCCUCUUCUCUGACUAAAGGCCGGAGCCAGCAAUCCUCUUCGAUACAAAGUAACCUUUCCGAUAAGUCUUCUCAACACCGCGACGAAGGUGGACGAUCCACCCAUAUUCCUUUAGAGCCGCAGGAUCGAUCAGAGACAUCUCUUCUUGAUCCACCAAAGCCAGAAUAUAUUGAUAAGAAUUAAGACUUUAGGACUUAGACCGUGUGGCCUCCACCAACUCAAAUAUCACAUAUCUUAUGUUCCUGAAUCUUACAUUUAUUUGCCUUUUUUGCUCAAUGACCAGUUGGACGAUGACUUCAUGCUACGCUGAUUCCCGCCCGGGUCUCACUAGCUAGCCACUAUCAUUUUGCUUGUCCAGACUAAGCUCUACAUUUUUUUACCUGGUUUUUUUUUUGUUCUUUAAGAAGGAAGCUCGAAAAUAGUCCUCUUGGUGGAUCAAAGUGACCGAGCCAUUGUGUGACUUGCAUGCAAUCAAAGGUUUCCUGAAACUAUUGGAGCUCAGAGUUGGCCACCGCUGAACCCAGGCAAAUAUCUCUUAAAGGGAAACUAUCAUGAAAAAUGGUUAUUUAGUGUUUUCCUAAGUUUAUCGUAGUGUUCCGUAGUACAGUAUUAUAGUCAAGGUACGUGCCAGAUAUUUCAUUUUUAUUUUAUGAAUAUGGAAUGCUUCAUUUAAACAUUCACGUUGCGUCUGUAUGAGCCGUGCAUUACAGCACCAGAAUCCCAACAACGGUCCUAUGUUCACAGAUCACGAUAAUGGUUGGUAAUUCCUCAGUUAAAUCAUCCGCUUAAAUUUAUUCAAUGAACAAGAAUGUGGAGGUUACACUUAAUUCAUUCACAUUUUGAUAAUAGGUUCCCUUUAACAGAACACGUCGGCCGCCAUUGAUGUCCCGAUCUAUAGGCAAAGUUAUGGCUGGCCUAACAAAGUCUUUUCAUUGUCCUGUUUUGCUGACGUUUGAAGCCAUGUUCUGUCUAAAGCUGCCACGUGAUGCCUCUCCUGAUACCGCAAGCCUAAAGAUUAACCAACCAUGAAGAAGUUCACAAAGUCUUCCUACUGGACGCCGCACCACAAACGGAUCUCAUUCUGAUUCCUACAGCGGAUCUCGCAUCCUUCCACUUAAAAAGAGCCGUUUUUAUAUGAUCAAUAGACAGCCCUCUACCAGUUGCUCUUCAUUCACUCGGUCGCAGCCUUCAUACUCAAUGUGUCCAGCGAUACCUGAAGUCACAUUAUGUCCAUUUAAGCCUCGGCUUCCUUCCACCCUCUGGUAUCCAACUGGUUACGCGACAAAUCUCGUUGUUGCUACAUUAUUCCAUCGCACGUUAAAUUAGCCGAGGACACGUAAAUCAUAGUUCAUAAUCUUUGUGUGAAUGCUCGGAAGCCGUGUCGGAAUCUUUAGUCAUCCUGGGCCAAGUUUAUGCAAUCGUCUCCUGGAAUAAGACAUCUUCCGGCUCCAGAGAAAACCCGUCUUCC